GCAUUAAAAUUCUUAAGCAAAAACAGGCAUUUGGGUUAUAUUUCAAGUCUGACAAACCAUUCCAAAUAAUCAGACUGUGAGAACUGAAAUCAACAGGAACAUAUUUUAAGAUUGUCCUUGCCCUGUUAAUACUUAAGACAAGCAAUAUAAUCUUGCAAGCAGUACUUUCAGGAUUUCUUGCAUUAGGUUUGCAAAUUCAACCUACUUGUUUACACGGACCCCUAAAAAUGUUCUUACCAGUGGUUUGAACACAAACCUAUAUCAAAUAAACUUUGGUGUGUAAAGGGAAAAAAUAAUUGUCUUUAAAGAGAAUGCAACUGGAAGUAAUGAGCAAAGUCAAAGCCACACCACGCCUUGGUUUAGUGGCUGUUGAAGGCCAGGGUACUUUCAUCUGCUGUUUUGACCAGUGCAGUUAAUCUACAGCCAGUUCUGGGUAUGUGCGUGUCCAGCAUCCACUGUGAAUGCCUUUGAGGAAGCAGCAGGUCUCAAACAAUGGAGAGUGACACACAGAGACUGAAUCUGAAGAGGGAAGUGGGGAUUAUAGGAGCUGUAUCAUUCAUUGCUGGAACCAUGAUGGGAUCUGGGAUUUUCAUAUCCCCCCAGUAUGUGCUGUCUACUAUUGGCAGCCCCGGGGCCAGCUUUAUCAUAUGGACUUGCUGUGGAUUGAUAGCCAUGCUGGGGGGUCUCUGCUACAAUGAACUGGGCACAGUCAUACCAGAGUCUGGAGCAGAAUAUAUCUACAUUCUGCGGACGGUAGGAAAAGUGGUGGCCUUUAUGUUUGUCACCAGCUUUGUCAUUGUAAUGAGGCCUGCCAGUGCUACAGGAAUUGCUCUGAGUUUUGCUGAAUAUGUCGUGGCCCCCUUUUACAGUGGCUGCACGACUCCACAAGUGGUGUUGAAGUUGGUGGCAGCAGGAGCUAUCAUUGUGCUGGCCAUAGUUAACUGUAUGAGCGUACGCUUGGCCACCGCCAUCCAGGUGGGCUCCAUGGUAAUAAAAUUGCUGGUACUGGCAGUGAUCAUAUUAGGAGGUGUUGUGAAGCUUUUCCAAGGACACACCGAGAACUUUGAUAACUCUUUUGAGGGAACAAAUGCUGAUGUCAGCUCCAUUGGCAUUGCUUUCUAUCAAGGCUUGUGGUCCUAUGAUGGUUGGAACACUCUGAAUUAUCUAACUGAGGAGCUGAAACAUCCAGAGGUGAAUCUCCCCAGGGCGGUUGUGAUAGCCAUUUCUCUGGUGACUGGCUUAUAUCUGCUGGUGAAUCUGAGCUACCUGACGGUAAUGACGCCAAAAGAGCUCAUGUCCUCCAGCGCUGUAGCAGUAACCUGGGGGAAUAAAGUGUUAGGAAGCUGGGGAUGGAUCAUGUCUGUGGCUGCAGCAUUGUCUGCUUUUGGUUCACUGAAUGGGACAUUCUUCAGUGGUGGCCGUGUGUGCUUUGUGGCUGCCAGGGAAGGACACAUGCCAGAUAUUCUGGCCAUGGCUCACGUCCACAGGCUGACUCCAUCUCCAGCUCUGAUCUUCACCACUGUUGUCUCUCUGCUGGUGCUGAUCCCUGGAGACUUCCAAAGUAUUGUCAACUUCUUCAGUUUCACUGCCUGGUUCUUCUACGGCAUCACCCUGUCUGGACUUCUUUAUCUUAAAAUUAAGAAGCCGGAGCUCCCCAGGCCGUACAAGGUUCCCAUUAUCCUCCCCAUACUGGUCAUCAUUGUGGCCACAUUCCUCGUGCUGGCACCCAUCAUAGACGAUCCUCAGAUUGAAUAUCUCUAUGUGACUUUAUUUAUCUUAAGUGGAGCAAUUGUCUACAUCCCCUUCAUCCAUUACAAGCUCUGCCCAGGACUGCUGACCAAGUUAACAGUGUUCCUGCAGCUGUUCUUAGAGGUCGCCCCUGCAGAGAAAAACCUGUGAUUUGGGCAGAAGGAAAUGUUGUACUUCCAGUUUGUUUGUUUGCUUGUGCUUUUUAACUGCACCCACCUUUUUUUUGCCAGUGACACAAAUGAAAAUUUUCAGUUUACAUUUAGUAGCCAUUUUGUGUUACCUCCCAAUUGGUCAGCACUUUUGACUUUUGAAUUUUAGCCAUCAGAUACACACUGUUUUAUUUGCUGAUGUUCAUAGUCGUUUUAGAGAGCACAUUUGAAAAGAAAUAUAACUGAGAAGUAAAUCUGUCAUGUCAAUAUAUUGCCAAAAAUGUAAUAUGACUAUUUUAUAAAUCUUUAAAUUAUGUUUGCUGUGCAACAGUAGGUGGCUGGACAGAGUAUGCACUUGUACAACUGAAGAUUCCUGUUAUUGUUUGUUUUUGAAAUUUCCAUUUCAGUUUAUAAUAAAUGUUUAUUUGCAAAAUGUUCCAGAUGAAAGAUGCAUAUAAAAAAUAUUUUACAUGAAUAAACUUUUUUUUAACCUAA